AAAGUUAAGUAAUAUAUAUAACGUGUUUUAAAGCCAACAAAAUAGCAUAAACUGUCUGGCAUUAACCAUUAUAACACGAAAAUAGAAAAAAAGUGCAUGAAGUUGGGAAAUAAACAAAACUUACAUAGAUCUAUUAGAUAUAAUUGUUACAGUUUAUAGGGUUUAUAGGAUGGAAAUAGAAAAAAAAAAUAAAAUUAACAUAAUACCAGGGAAAUGAACAAAACGUAUAUCUAUUAGAUAUAAUUGUUAAUAAACAGUUUAUAGGAUGGAAACUGAAAAAAGUGAAUGAAAUUAACAUAGUCACGGGGAAAUAAAUGAAAAACUUACAUCUAUUAGAUAUAAUUGUUAAAGAACAGUUAAUAGGAUGGAAAUAGAAAAAUGUGCAUGAAAUUAACACCAUAACGGGGAAAUAAACUAAACAAUCUAUUAGAUAUAAUUGUUAAAGAACAGUUGAUAGGAUGUGUGUUCAUUUUAUUCCAAUUUAGUUAUAGCAUAGUGUGUAAGUUUGUAACAAGAAGAAAUAUUACUAUUCUGGAAGCGUCGGAUAAUUAUGGUUUGGGAUUUCAUAAUUUUUGAACAAGUAUUUAAUUGUCGAAACGUGACAAAUUAAGGAAUACAGACGAUUUAUCUACAAAUAUGAUUUAUACCAUUGAGAAUUUCUGAAGAUAUGUAAAGUGAGAAAAAGAGAAAAGCGCUCACAAGGGUGAUGUUUCCAUGUCAAAGAUGAAAUCCCUUGACUUCCAAAACAUAUUAAUCUUCGUAGCUAGUGCUUUGGCUUUAGGCGCCUCGAGUUCGUGUCCAGACAAUAUUCACCAUGAUUCCUCAAAGAAUUCAAAUGAUCAAUCACGCCUCUCCAGACUGAACAAGAAAAUUUCAAAUGACAAUAAUUUGGCACGAGACAUUUCGCGAAAUAAUAACAUGGCUCCGGGCGAAUCAAUCAUAAGAAAUAAUAGAGGACUUAAGAAAGACAGGAAAACGGAAACAGCCGAGAAACCUGUUAAUAGUUGGAUAGAAAAACGUCACUUCACAACUCACGCCGCUAAUUAUCGUGCAAACAAGGAGCGAAAAUCGAGACACAAUUCAUCUCGUAAAAUACACGUCAACACUUAUUCUAAGACAAACGAGGAAGCUGAAAUCCAUCCCAAUUCUAAUUUUAAGCACAAACAAAUUAGAAGCAAUUUCAGUCAGGAAAUUGAUGAAUUUCCAAAUUAUUUGAAAUUCAUUUCCCAGAAGGACGAGAUAAGUUCUAGUAAAAUAGAAAGAAGUCAAAUUAGACGCAAAGAACAGCAAAGAAAAGAACAACAGUAUCUAAAAAUGCAUGAAGACAAUUUUGAUAAUUCAAAAGGUGUAAAAUAUACUCAAGAGCAAUAUUUUGAAGAUAUUCAUCAUCUUCAUCGCCGUGAAGCUACUGCGAAUGAAUCCAUUGAGCACAAAAACAAAACUGUGACUAAAAUGCUUGAAGUAAAGAUAGCAACGGUGUUACCUCAGGACGACCACCAUCCGUUCAGUAUCAGGAGAGUUAGACCUGCCAUAGAAAUAGCAAUAGAUAAAAUGAAUCCAGUUAUUGCGCAUCAUAAUCGAUACCUGACCGUAAGGUUUCGUGAUAGCAAGUGUGAUAUCGCUGAUGGAAUUAAUGAAUGUAUCAAUUUCUAUGUCAACAAAGAGAUGCAUGUUCUGUUUGGCCCUUGCUGUGACUACACCGUCGCUCCUUGUGCACGUCAGGUCGUGUACUGGAAUGUUCCAAUGAUUACAGCUGGUGGUUUGGCAGGGGACUUUGGACUUGGCAAGCAUUCUAUGUACAGCACAAUGACUCGUGUUGGCUCGAACUUUAACACUCUUGUCCAAUUCUUUGUAGACGUUCUUAUGUUUUAUGGAUGGAGGAAGCUUAAUCUUGUCUAUGACCCAUAUGGACAGACGGACAUUUCAAGCAAAUUUUGCCAUAUUGCAGCCAAUGACAUUCAUUAUGGAUUAAGGGAGAUACACCAGUCGAAGAAUAUCAGUCAGACAUACGUAAAGUUUGAAUACCCGGAGGAAUUACCGAGCAAUUUCCAGCAACAGAUUGGCUUAGAGUGUGCAGUCGUGGUACUAUGUGCAAGUGCGGACUCUGUCAGAGAAAUUAUGAUAAAAGCACACGAGCUCAAUUUUGACAAUGGCGAAUAUGUCUUCUUCAACAUCGACCUAUUUAGCAGCAAAAACGAAAGCAAAAAGCCAUGGUAUCGAGAAAAUGAUACCAAGGAAAGAAAUGACAACGCCCGGAAGGCAUAUGAAGCCCUUAUGACCGUCACAUUACGAAAGCCCACCAGUCCGGAAUAUAAAAAUUUCAGCAGCGAAGUUAAACGAAGAGCGAAAAUACGUUACGAGAAUUUCACGUAUGGAGAAGAAGAGGUGAACAGUUUUGUUGGUGCGUUCCAUGAUGCCGUUAUACUGUACGCACUCGCGUUGAAUGAGACGCUCGAGGCUAAUCGGUCUAUCACAAAUGGCACAGAAAUCACACGACGGAUGUGGAACAGAACUUUUAGAGGUAUUACAGGGAACGUAUCAAUAGACGACAAUGGCGACAGAAAUGCCGACUACUCUCUUUUGGACAUGGAUCCUGAAACUGGCGAAUUUGAGGUGGUGGCUAACUAUUUUGGAAAUACAAAGCGUUAUGAGCCUGUGGCAGGAAAGCAUAUAAGAUGGGCGGGUAAUUACGAACAUGCCCCACCAGACACACCCAAAUGUGGUUUUGAUAAUUCCAAAUGCCCACCUGAUGAACCAUUCCCAGAAUAUGGCAUCGUCAUUAUUGUUCUUGGGUCCUUGCUUCUUCUAGUAGUCGUGGCGGCAUUUUUCAUAUACAGGCAUAUCAAGUUGGAAGCGGAGCUAGCGGAAAUGAACUGGCGAGUCAAGUGGGAAGAUAUUAUGUUGGGGACGAUUGAGGGAGAGCGGAAAAUGAAGAAGCAAGCAGCCAGCAACCUUAGCCUAGCACGGCGUUACUCGGUGACGAGUUCCUGUUCCGGCGACACUAUUGCCGUUCAUCUGAGCGACGUCGGGCAACGUCAACUUUUCACCAAGACCGGAUACUAUAAGGGAGCCAUCGUUGCAAUAAAAUCAAUACACAAAUCCAACAUAACUGUGACCAAACCAUUACUCAUGGAAAUUAAAAAGAUCAAGGAUCUAGCCAGUGACCAUAUAGUAAGGUUUAUAGGGGCUUGUAUUGACCCUCCGCACAUGUGCAUACUGACAGAAUAUUGCCAGAAAGGAAGUUUACAGGAUGUUUUAGAGAACGAGCAGAUCAAGUUAGAUUGGAUGUUUCGUUACUCUUUAAUGCAAGAUAUUGUCAGAGCAAUGGCUUAUCUUUGUGCUAGUGAUAUACGAAGUCAUGGAGCUCUGAAAUCUACAAAUUGUGUAGUGGAUUCGCGAUUUGUGUUGAAAAUUGCAGAUUUCGGGCUUCACGACCUGAGAGGCCAAGACGAAGAGGUUCCAGAAGGCUCGUAUGCUCAUUACAGAAGUUUGUUGUGGACUGCACCAGAACUUCUCCGGGUGUAUAAUCGACCACCGAAUGGUACAUCAAAAGGCGACGUGUACAGCUUUGCAAUUAUAUGUCAAGAAAUCGUGUACAGAAACGGAGUGUUUUAUCUCGCAAAUCUAGACUUAUCUCCGAAGGAGGUAGUAGAAAGAGUACGUGAUUGGCAAAAGCCUCCGUUCCGCCCGACCCUGGAAGAGUUUGAUUGUCCGUGUGACGAGCUCGCAGUCGUCAUCAGGCGCUGCUGGGCGGAGGAUCCUAUGGAGAGACCGGAUUUUGCUGCAUUAAAAUCAAUUAUAAGGAAGUUAAACAAAGAUGGGGACAAGGGUAAUAUAUUAGACAAUCUUCUUUCACGCAUGGAGCAAUACGCAAACAAUUUGGAAUCACUCGUAGAGGAAAGAACCGCAGACUUUCUUGAACAGAAGAAAAAGGCGGAAGAUCUGUUGUAUAUGAUGUUACCGAAGCAAGUUGCUGGCCAACUAAUUCGUGGAGAGACUGUCAUGCCCGAGACGUUCGAUUCCGUUACAAUUUAUUUCAGUGAUAUAUGUGGUUUUACGGCGCUUUCUUCAGAGAGUACUCCAAUGCAGGUUAUAGAUUUACUGAACGAUCUCUAUACUACAUUUGAUUCCAUUAUUGAAAACUUCGAUGUAUAUAAGGUUGAGACUAUAGGCGAUGCCUAUAUGGUGGUGUCCGGUCUACCAAUUAGGAACGGGAACCUUCAUGCACGGGAAAUAUCCAGGAUGUCCAUUGCGUUGUUGAACGCAGUUUUGUCUUUCAAAAUACGUCACAAGCCUUCAAUUCAAUUAAAAUUACGUAUAGGACUCCAUACUGGGUCAGUAUGUGCUGGUGUUGUAGGAUUGAAAAUGCCGAGGUACUGUUUGUUUGGUGAUACGGUAAACACUGCAUCGAGAAUGGAAUCAAACGGUUUACCGCUGAAAAUACAUGUAAGUCCUUACACGAAAGAGGUACUAGACCAGUUUGGGACCUUUGACCUGGAGCUCAGGGGUGCUGUCGAAAUGAAGGGAAAAGGGUCGGUAACAACUUACUGGUUAAAUGGUGAGCGCACUGGAAUCGGAGAUACAAAAAUAGCACCUUUCUGCUAAAAAUAGCACCGUUCGGCUAAAACUAGCACCGUUCAGUGGCUAAAAGUAGCACCGUCCUGCUAAAAAUUAACUAAAAUCGCAAACUCCUGCAGGACGGUCAGGUCUAGAGAUAUCUUUAAAGAAACUCGACCAUUUGUGACAAUAUUUCUUUGUUAGUUUGGAAAUAAGUAACACGUCACGCUGGUGACUUGCGUACAAUCACAUUUUAUAAUAUUUUUUCUCCACAAGGUUAACCGUUCAAGAUUCUAAUUAUUUCGUUAUGUACUGUAGAGAUAAAACCAAUGCAGUUAGAAAAUGUGAAUGCAAUAUUUUCCGAUUCUUAUAUAGAUCAUAAAUGAAGAUGUGUAUUGAAUUUAUUCGCUAAAAUCCACAAAUAUUUAUAUCUUCUGAAAACACUUUGAUCCUCUGCUCCAAAAGAUUUAAGAUGAUACAUUUGUCUGCAUUGUAAGGAAUUUAAUAUCAUUUAACACAUUGAUAGAUGACCAUCGGAGGAAAUGUAGAGCAAUAGAACCAUACCUUUAUCUUGAACAUUUGUACGAUUAUCUCCCUUUAUGUAUUUAGUUUUACAUUUUUUAACAUUUAAAACGAAGAGGAUCUUACAUGAUUGUCUUUUCAUACUGGAUAUAGUAAACGAGUUGAAUAAAAUAAUAAAUAGUGAAGCUGUGACAAGCAUUGCAUUUUAUCAGUUUUAAUCAACAAAUUUGAUAAUUUCAAUGCGAAAAUACAUAUAUGUAAACAAAUGUAAGAUCCUUUGUUGCAGAAACGUUACAGUUUCGUCUUUCGUUAACUGGUAUAGUCUUUUAUAUAUAAAACGACGUCAAUGACAAGACAUUAUUACACCUGAUGAGUAAUUGAAAAACACAUUAGCCAUGAAUGUUUUUAACCUUUAGCUUGCUGGCGGCAACUGAUGUUGCCUUUGCGACCAGUGCAGACCAAGAUCAGCCUGCACAUCCGUGCAAGCUGACCAUGGUUUGCACUGUAGCAAAUUUUCAGCGGACCCUCCUUCGAAUGAUAUACGGUAUUGCCCAAAUUGAAUAAUGGACCAAUCCAUUUUAGAAAUUUAGCAGGCUAAAGGUUAAUAUAAACAGAGAGUAUUAUCAAUGACUAGGACAACCUUUCCAACCUUUUCAAACACGUGUUUUGAUUGAGGUUGAAUGUGUGAAUCAUUUAAAGUGAAAGUUGUAGUUUGUAAUUGUAUACAUACGUAACAUAUCAUUUACAUUCCUUUCUGUUACACUUCUUGUACUUUAGUAUUUCGUUUCGUGUAAAGAUAAAGACAAAAUACAAAAACCAUACUUCGAAACCGUGUUGUCAAGUAACCAAACAGUACAAGAUAUGCCAUAUCUUGUUUUCUAUGUUUCAUAUCAUAUGUUUGGCCUUUAUUUACUAGGCUGCUGACUGUAUAUCUUAUUGUUUAGAAAUAAUUUAAGUUGUCGGACCCGUAAUGGUAAUUAGUAAUUUCCGGACGAUAACGUAUUUUUGUACGUAAUUGUAAUCGGUAAUUUUCGGGCAAGUAUGUAUUUUUGUACGUAAUUGCAGUAUUUAAUAUCCGGGCUAGGACUGGGACGAUUACUCGGAUAAUCCGAUCCGAUUCGAUUACUAGGUGAAACCGGUUUCGAUUUUGCAGAACCGCUAUUCGCUCUCAAACAAUAAACAUCACGAAUUGUACUUUAUCUUUAUACAUUUCUUUGAUCAGCACAUAGAUUCACAGUAUAUUUCCGCUUAAACACAUCAAUUUGAACAUAAUCAGUAGUCUCGGAUUUGCUUGUCAUGAUAUAUUGAAAAUAAAAUACACCAAAAUAUGAUUAAUUAUCACACUGCUUCUAAACGAUAAAGUUCGUAAGUUCCUAAUGAAGUCAGCUGCUGGAAGUACCUUUAUAUGGUCAUCAGGUAGAGAUAGACCCUAACAUUUUCAUUUAUAGAAAUACAUUAAAUAAAGUCUAGAAAUUGAUUUCCAAGUCCUUGAAAUUAACAAAAAUGAUUUCACAAAUGUGCAAUGUAUGAUAGUUUUGCUAAUAUCAAUAACAGAAAUUUUAAUAUUUAAUUCAAAGUUGUGAUCCGCAAAGAAUGUCAACCCUUGCCUUGGGCUAGUACUUUAAAGCAGGGAUAUUUAUUAGUUUACUUCCCUUGUAAUUACACAAAGGAGUAGAAAACGAAAACGGUUUAAAACACAAUAAUAUACAUUUUUGCUCAACAAAAUCGUUUAGGAUUUAUUAAUAUGUGUUUGAUUUAACCCUGAACCACUGGUUCCUAUGAUUUUGUCAACUUACUUAUGGUAAAAAAUAACUUUUAACAAGCCGAUAAUAAAAUGAAAUACCAGUAAGUAUUUUAUAGUGCAGAUAAUACAGUUUUGCUUGUAUUGAAAUGUCACAAUAGAAGCACUUUUGUAAUACAGAACACCUGGUACGAUUAGUAAAGGUGCAAUUAUAUUGAUCUCUUUUUCCUAUGCCUACAUCAGGAAAGAAAACAUCAUCUGAAAUAUGGAGGACGAUUAACCGGUUCGAUUCGAUUCCAUACAAAUGAUUAACCGCUUUCAAAAUUUUGAAAUCGUCCCAGUCCUAAUCCGGGCGAUUAUGUAUUCUUGUACGUAAUUGCAAACAAUAAUUUCCGGACGAGGGCGUAUUCUUGUACGUAAUUGGAAUCGGUAAUUUCCGUGAGAUGACGUAUCUUUGUAUGGCAUUUCGGCCUUCAUCGGACGAUAAUAUAAUUCAUACGAGCACCCGACUCUCCGUUCAUGCCGGAGACUGCCGAAAGUGCAUACGAAUAUUACGUAAUCGGACGAAAAUUACGGACUGUCAUUAAGGAUCUAUUACUAUGAACAAUAUUGAAAUUGAAUAUUAUAAACUAGAUAUUUUUUGGCAAGUUUAAUUUUGCAACAAGCUAAGCAGCUUACACGGACAGUUUCACGUUAUGUUCAUAGAAACAUAUACAUUUUUAUUUUACCAUAGAUGCACGCUUCUAGAUUUAUGUAAAUUUAUUUUCGAAAGUGAGAAAAUACUUAUAUAUUGUGCCCAGUAUUGCAUAUCUGAAUAAAAAUGCAUACUUUGCUGAAAAACAAACAAUAAUACACGAUGCAAAUAAUACUGUUGCUGACAACAUAUUUUGUUAACUUAUCAUUGAGUCUGAGCAAGUAUUGUUAUUUUUAAGAGAAGGCUCUUCUAGCGACUGCUUAAUAUUCUGUUUUCUAUAAAGAUAUGUUUUAUCAAUUCCGAUUUCAUGGGUUAAUUAAGAGCAGGUUUCAUUGCGUUCUAACUGCUUUUGUCACGUCUCAUUGUUUUCUUCGGGGUACAGUGCGAUUAAACCUUUUUGCUUUGAACUCUACAAAUUCAAAUGUAUCCUGUAUUUUUUUGUAAUUUAUUUUUCGUAUUGUAUUACAAGAGGUAGCAAAAAUGUUAUCUGCGUUACUUUACCUAAACCAAUUCAUAGAUUUUCAAACUGUUUAUUGUCUAAAAUACAUUUGAUUAUAUUCUUUACGAAUUUACCUAUAGACAUUUUUCUUGCACUGGUUUUGACAAAAUUGCAAAAGUGUUUGCCAUUUAUUUUGAUUCACUUGAGUAGGAAGGACGGCGCACUUUUCAACGCACACCUACAAACCUACUACAAUGGUUUGUUCCUUUCUGUAAUUAUUAAACAUGUUCGUGUUUUCGUUGUUUGAUAUUCUUUGUUUACAUUGCUGUUGCAGUAUAAGAUAUAUCAAAAUUCAAUUUCAACUGAACUGUUUUGUGUGUCUAGACGUUGUCCACUUUUACAAGACAAUAUUAAUUUGAAGCAUAUAUAUAUUUCUUCACGUUUGCAAAACAAUUAUUAAAGCAUUUCCCUCGAUACCGCAAUAAUUAUUAUUUUAUGACAUACUAAAAUUUUCGUUACAAAUAUGCUGACUCGCUUGUAAUUUUUUUGUUUUUAUUAUUUUUACUUUUGAUGAUGUCACUUUCUAUAAUUAAUAUACUGCUUUUCAACCAAUAUGCGUCUGACUGCUCGAAAGAAUUAUGCAUACUAAUUUAUUAUGUAUUUUUGUUGUACUUGAUUGAAAGAUUUGUUGAAUUCUCAUUUGAAAAUAUUCUCGUAAUAUUAUCUAGGGGGCGCUCUAUUCUUUACUUUGGAACGUUUUUAUUGUUCCCCUCUCAGAAACCGACCAAAUUGUAAAUCCGCACUGAACUUUACGUUUUAUACAUGUUUACAUUUUUAAUUUUGCUUUGUAUUGUGUUAUACACAUAUAUGUAUUUACAACUAAAGUUUUGAAAUCAACGCAUCAUCAUAAACAACAUUUUAAGCGACGAAAUGUAACGAACACGUGACUCUAUGACGAUUGCCAAAUUAUCUGUUUUUAGAAAUAUAAGCUUGCGUAUUGAGUUAAAGUGUAUUCAGCUAAAUGCAGAUAGAAUCGAAAGUGUUGCUAUAAUUAUCAAAAUUAGAUGGCUAAAACUGUUGAAUGACGUGUCUCUUUUAGUACACGAGGUCAGUAUGCAUAAUUGACGUCAGUUUUAACAACAAUAGACGACGCCAAGUGUAAUACGUGAGUUUACAGUUUUGGGGCCUGAUUCAUUUUAAGUUCUAUCCGCAACAUGAGCUUUGAAAACGCAUUUCCCUUUAUAGGAUAUUACUGAUAGUAUUCUUCAUUUAAUGUUCUAAUGUAACAUUUAUAAAUUUUUCAAAUUAGGUUCAAGGAAUAACCGAACAGUUAAUAAAAAUCAAAAUGAUAUUCCUUAAACGCCUUACUCUUAAGUCCUAUGUGGACCUGGUGAAACGGUCUCCUGGUGUUUAGUACGUUACAGAUCGCGAAAGAGCUUUUUUUUUGUGUUAAGAUAAAAACUGUGGAGUCAAACUUACGGUAGUAUGUUAUAUGAUCAUGUUUCGUUUUUAGUUUUAAUAUUUACUAGAAAUAAAAUGUAAAUAAAAUUUGUUGUAUAUUAAAAUUCUAAAAAGAAAUUCCACUUUCAGUGAUAUUUAGAUGCACAUAUUUUAGAUAGUUGUUGUGUUUUAAUUUGUUUUAGUACAAGUUCAUAAAUUUGCUCAAAUAUUGUUGCAGAUUCUUUUUAUUUUAAGUAGUCUUAGAAUAGAAGACAAGACGCGUUUGGCAUGGAAUGUCAUACAACUGGGUCAAGGUCGCUGAUUAUACGUUAUCCGCAGAUUCUACAUAAUCAAGAAAGGUUUUUUUAAAACUCUAUAUAUUUUAAUUAGAUGACACAUAUGUAUCGGAGGUGUAGGUUUAUUAGUCUGUGUAUAAAAUGUAGGUGUCAUCUCAAACCAGAUGACAUAUCCCAAACAGAGGUAUAUCCAUUCGGUUAAUGAUAUAUUGUAGGGGAUAUCUCUAAUUAGAUGACAUCGCAGAGAUAUGUUCUUUUGACUGGCAGUACGGUACAUGGGAAAUCUCUUACCGAGUGAAACACUUGUAUCGGAGGGAUAGGUCAUUUGUUUUGAAAUAUAUAUUUUGGGGUGAUCUCACAUAGUGUUACAUAUAUGUAUUGAAGGGAAUUGUUUAUUACUAUUAGAAUAGAAUGCAGAGGGCAUCCCAGAUUAGAUUGCACAUUUAUUUAUUUGAAUGCUUCACUUAAGUAGCAGAAGUUGAACUUAGAACGAACUGUUUGUAUAUACAUACGUGCGUAGUUACUAUGUUAUUUUAUAUUUGGACAUAUCUGCAACAAUGUUUGAGCAUGUAUUUGUUUGAAUUUUAUUAAAUAUUAUAUUGGAUAAUUUUGCUUAGGUUUUAUAGUUAAAUUUACUAAUAUUAUAUCAAUAAAACCAUGAGAAAUUUA